GGAGCGACAGGUCUCGGGCCCUCAGGCGGAGCGGCGGGCGCCGGACCCCCAGAUGGAGCGACAGGUCUCGGGCCCUCUGGCGGGGCGGCGGGCGCCGGACCCCCAGGUGGAGCGACAGGUCUCGGGCCCUCAGGCGGAGCGACAGGUCUCAGGCCCCCAGGCGGGGCGGCGGGCGCCGGACCCCCAGGCGAAGCGGCGGGCACCGAGUCACCAGGCACGACAGUGGGCUCCGAGUCAACUGGCAUGACCGCUGGCACUGGGUCAGACAUUGGAUCGUCUGGCUGGACAGCGGGCAUCGGGUCACCAGGCAUCAGGUCAUUUGGCUCGACAGCGGGCACCGCGUCAUCUGGCAAGGCAGUGGGCUCCGAGUCAACUGAUAUGACCGCGGGCACUGGGUCAGACAUUGGAUCGUCUGACUGGACAGCGAGCAUCGGGUCACCAGGCAUCAAGUCAUUUGGCUCGACAGCGAGCACCGCGUCAUCUGGCAAGGCAGUGGGCUCCGAGUCAACUGGCAUGACCGCGGGCACU